CUUGCAACUCUUGUUAUGACUGCAAGGUCCUGUUUCAAUCACUGGCGUCAGGCGGACGCAAAGACACCAACUCAACCCGCUUCACCUUCUCCCGAACAACGUAAAUAUUGAUUUGGAAAGCGGAGUGUUGCCGAGCGACUUAUGGGAGUUUUAAUUUGAAAGCGCUCGGCUGGACCUAAAGAAUAUCCCUCGUCGUGUCACUUUGACGGUCCGACGGUUUUUUUCCCUCUCGCCUUUACCACGACUCGGAGAUUAAACUUUUCCUCUAUUGCUUCAAGUGCUACUUCAAGAGACUCGCCUGUGACCUUCACGUCUCUCAUUAAUGCUACAUUUACCGGAUACCGGGGAUAUUUUUGAUACAGUUUCCAGGUCUUAAUCAGAUUCGACUUUUUUUUCUCCUCUUUUCUUUGAAUGCGUUGCAAAUAUGAUGAUGUCACCGACGCCACUUUUUCCUGAAGUUAUGGCGGAGCGCAACUUUUUUAACUUGUCUUGACCAUUACGAGCACUUGGCCUUACUAAUGGAGCACCUUCAGGGAGCGUGGAAGACCCUGAGCAAUGGCUUUGGGAUGAGGGACCCUGCGUUCGAUGGCCACUGCCUUUCCCCAACCAUGGUCCAGGACUUUCACAUUCAGCGUCGCUCCUCCGAUGACAGCAAGAUGCCCGACUCAAAGACUAGCAGCACUAUCCGCGUCUACCUCCCAAACCAGCAGCGCACUGUGGUAAAUGUGCGACCAGGCAUGAGUCUUUUCAAUUGCCUGAUUAAAGCAUUGAAGGUUCGAGGCCUGCAGCCUCAAUGCUGCGCCGUCUUCAGGCUGCAACCAGGACAGAGGAGUAAAAAGUUUCGGAUGGAUUGGAACACCGACUCGGCUUCGCUGAUCGGAGAAGAGCUGCUGGUGGAGGUUUUAGAUCACGUACCUUUGACGACGCAUAAUUUUGUUCGGAAAACAUACCUGAAACUAGCGUUCUGUGACAUUUGCCAGAAGUUUCUUUUGAACGGCUUCCGUUGCCAAACAUGCGGCUACAAAUUCCACGAGCAUUGUAGCACCAAAGUGCCCACUAUGUGUGUGGACUGGAGCAACAUCAGACAACUCUUGUUGUGUCCAACGCCAGGUGAGGGCGGUGCCCCCUCCCUGCCCCCGCUGACGUCCCGUCGCAUGAGGGAAUCUUUAACGCGGUUUCCGAGCUCGGCCCACCGAUAUUCCACCCCUCACGCCUUCAACUACACCACACCCACAGGCGGCGGUCUCUCCCAGAGGCAGCGCUCCACUUCUACACCCAAUGUCCACAUGGUUAGCACUACCCUGCCUGUAGACAGCAGCAUGAUCGAGCUAGACUGCCUGAAUACCUCCCCCAGCUCCUGGUGCCAUAGAUUCUGGCUGAAGAGGAAAGUAGGUAUUGUGCACUUCUCCCAGUCUUUUGUUGAGGCCUCACCUGAGAGUCCAGAAAAGGAUGCAAUGCGUGAUCAUGAUUCGGCGGGGAGCUCCCCCAACCAGAGCCCCACAGGCUGGUCCCACUCCCAGUCCAAAGCCCCUGCACCCGCCCAGAGAGAGAGGGUACCAUCCUUUAAAACUCAGGAGAAAAAUACAAUUAGGCCUCGGGACAAGCGUGACUCCAGUUACUACUGGGAGAUCGAGGCCAGCGAGGUUUAUCUGCAAUCCCGCAUCGGCUCAGGCUCCUUUGGAACUGUAUACAAAGGAAAAUGGCAUGGUGAUGUGGCAGUGAAGAUUUUAAAAGUGACUGACCCCACACCAGAGCAGUUCCAGGCAUUCAGGAAUGAAGUGGCCGUCUUGAGGAAAACGCGACAUGUCAACAUCCUGUUGUUCAUGGGCUACAUGACGAAGGACAACCUGGCCAUUGUGACCCAGUGGUGUGAAGGCAGCAGCCUCUACAAACACAUUCAUGUCCUGGAGACGAACUUCAAGAUGAUCCAGCUCAUAGAUAUCGCCAGGCAGACCGCUCAGGGCAUGGACUAUCUGCACGCAAAGAACAUCAUUCAUCGCGACAUGAAGUCCAACAACAUCUUCUUGCAUGAAGGGCUAACGGUGAAAAUCGGAGACUUUGGCCUCGCUACAGUGAAGGCCAGGUGGAGCGGCUCACAUCAGGUGGAGCAGCCUUCUGGUUCCAUUCUUUGGAUGGCUCCUGAAGUUAUCCGGAUGCAGGAUAACAACCCCUACAGCUUCCAGUCUGAUGUCUAUUCCUAUGGAAUAGUUCUCUUUGAGCUCAUGACGGGAGAGCUCCCAUAUUCCCAGAUAGCAAACAGAGAUCAGAUUAUCUUCAUGGUGGGGAGAGGCUAUUUGUCCCCAGACCUCAGUAAACUCUACAAGAACUGCCCCAAAGCCAUGAAAAGGUUGGUGGCAGACUGCAUCAAGAAGUCCAAGGACGAGAGGCCGCUCUUUCCACAGAUCUUGUCCUCCAUUGAGCUUCUGCAGCAUGCCCUCCCGAAGAUAAACCGCAGUGCCUCAGAACCGUCCCUGCACAGAGCCUCACACACUGAGGAUAUCAAUGCCUGUACUCUGACCUCCACCAGACUGCCUGUUUUUUAGCAGAUCAGACCGCAGCACUGCCCCUCCUCCUCCUCCUCCUCCUCCUCCUCCUCACCCCCCUCCCCCUCCUCCUCCUCCUCCUCUCAUUACACUUGCCUUCCUCCUCCAAAUAUACAAAUCAGUCCAAACAUUCAGUAUGCCCAAAAUUCUCUUCCUAAAGAUGCUAAUAUAGACCAACAGAUGUACAUGCAAUCAUACAUAAACCCAUGCUGAUCAAUAAAAUCUGCCAGGAAAUGAGGAGAGAGGGAAGUGCAGAGAGAACUGCAUCUGAGAUUAACUGUGGAAGGAAGUGAGUGGAGAUGGAUUCCAGAUGGAUGUGCACAUGAAGACGCUGGCAAAGGAUACGUCAAGGUGAUGCCUUGCUUUUCACCACGUGUAUGAAGAAGUAUGCAGAGGCUUCGUGUUGGCAUUGUAUUUGGUAUAAGUUGUAAAUAUAUGCACGCACACCUACCUAAGACGACAAUGAACAGACAUUGAAGGAAGCUUCAGAGAAAGAUGAACGUUUCUCUUGAUUUGGCUUCAGUGUCGUGAAGCUCGCCCUUCCGUCAGACCGUCCUGGACACUGAUGAAGAGGAGUCUUUAAGCUUACCUGCCUUAAGAGGAAACAAAGCCUGGACUAAGAUCCUGCACAACUUCACCUCCUGAGAUCACAAAGCCGUUGGAUGUAGUCCAUAUAGUUGCACAGUAGUAGUUGAUUUUUGCAUUGUCUUAAAUGAUAAUGGAGUAGACAUGGGAUUUUAUUUUAUUUUUUUUUUUUUUUGUCUUUUUUUUGUUGUUGACUUCUUUUAAUCGCUUUUCUUUCUUGGGUCAUUUUGGAUGAAUUAUAGCCUGUCAGUCAGCGAGCAUGAUGGAAAUGGAAAUCUGCACAUUUUAAGCUAAAGCAAUGGUUAGAAGCAGUUUCAGCGCUCUGUGUAAACCAAUCUGCAGAUACCUACGCGUUCUUGUCAGUCUCAACCAUUGGUAGUUCACAGGAGCUGGAUAUUUGCCGAUUGUCUUAAAUAUUUAAAUUGAUUUGGAGACUAAUUUGUUUUUUGUCUAUCUUGUCACUUUCAGGAGGUUAAACGUUUUAUUUUGAACUCGGUGAGAAAGUUGUUUAUUCGAUAUUUUAAUAAAAUUAAGUUAAAUUCCUUUGCCAAAA